CGCCUCGGUGCCACUGAAGCCCAACGUCGGUACCUGCGCUUGGUGUUUUCGGACUCAUGAUGCAGCAUCCUCUGGACCUGGGGGCGCACUACUACCCCCCUGAAGUCCACGCUGAUCACCGAACACACCGGUACCGGAGUUUCAUGAUCGAGGAGAUUCUGACGGAUCACCCGGAGCACAAAGCCUCGACGCCGGCCGGAGACUUGCUCAAGUUCGGGGUCCACGCGCUCCUGUCCGCCCGGCCCUUCCACAACCAGCUGAUGUUAAAAGCGGAGCAGACGAGCCUCCUCAAGUUCCCCAUGUCCCCGCUCUCAUUGGGCUCCCCGCUUCUCUCCGGGGCAGCGAGCCUCCAGGCCGGAGCGGCGAAUCACCACCUGCCGCUCGACCUCCACCUUCGAGGGAAGCUGGAGCACGAAGGCGGCGGCAAGAGCAAGAAGGGCCGCAGGAGCCGAACUGUCUUCACCGAGCUGCAGCUCAUGGGCCUGGAGAAGCGGUUCGAGAAGCAGAAAUAUCUGUCCACGCCAGACAGAAUAGAUCUGGCUGAAUCUCUGGGUCUCAGUCAACUUCAAGUGAAAACCUGGUACCAGAACAGACGGAUGAAGUGGAAGAAAAUUGUUCUGCAGGGAGGAGGUCUGGAGUCACCCACCAAACCCAAAGGACGUCCGAAAAAGAACUCCAUACCCAGCAGCGAUCAGCUCUGUGAGCAGGAGCGGUCCAGCGCAGCUGCCGACCCCCAGUUGGAAGCCUCCAGCUCACACUCAGAGAAGACUCAAGAGGACUGAUCCGGGCGGCCACCACUGUCAGGACUACAGCCGUUAUGAUGCUCAUUGUUUGGACGAUUUUGGGAUCGCCAAUGGAGUUUUUCAGAGACUUUCAGGCCUGGAAGCUGAAGGCCUUCUGCUGUGUGUGUGAGUGACGGUGAGAUGAGCUCAGCAGUUGAGGAGGAACUCACACGUGGCAGUAG